AUAUUUUAAAGAUGUAAAAUAAAAAAAAUUAAAGUACAGGCGAACUCCGUUUUGUGAAUAGUACCCACCGUCUUCGAUUAUUCAAAUAUAUUAAAUUGAUCGAAUAACUACGUCAGGAUUGUACUUUCACUAACAACUACUUGUACUUGUUAUUGAAAAUCCAGUCCAUGACUUAGUCAUUCGACCCGUCUAAUAUAUUUGCUAACCUAACCAGGGUGCUACAACGGUAGUAUAUAUAAAGUCGUUUAACAUUAUUUGCUCUCGAUGUGGGAUUCUAACAACGUAUUUUGUAGCAGAGUUGGAGAUCACAUGACACUCGAACAACCACUAAAGGCCCAGCUAUACAGCGGCCUUCGGUCGAGCGAUCCAAACAGGACACCCUUCAAUCUACCCAUGUGGAAGGUGAGCCAGGCUUUAGGAUGCCGAUGCGGAGACCCGAUCAGGCGGAGGCCGUUCCCUGGAGGCAGCAGGUGGAUCGCGAGGUUGCCAGAUCUGGGAUCCCCCGUGUGCACGGCCACAGAUAGAAACUACCGGAUGGAGGGGACCACCGCCGAAUCUGCAAGCAAACCAAACAGCAACAAACAAAACAAAGAAAAAACUCACGCAAAGAACAGAAAAAACAAAAAGCCACCGGAGGGGCUACAAACCGACAGGCCGCGGAGGUCAUCGGAGCAGGGAGCAUAAAGCUCCACCAUGCUUGAGCAGCCGAGGAGACCGGCGACUCAAGCAGCAAAAACGCGGCAGCCCAAGGGCUUCCGCUCAAAAACAACGGGUCGCCGACAGGGGCGUCAGAAGCAGGAGGAGAUAGGGAACGGGAGAGAGAGAGAUUUGUUGAGAUGGAUGUUUUUGUUGGACUCUCUUCUAAUUUGUUUGAUGUUUGUAUUGGAGAAUAAAUAGAAAAAAGAGGU